AUGUCCGAUAGUGAAUUCAAGGACUGUCUCGCAAAGCACUGCGACUUCGGUGAGGAAGGGCUGGACGAUUGUUAUAGGUUGGACCAAGCCACGGCGUGCGUCAGGCAACGGUGCCCACCAGGACCUCACUUUGACUAUCUUGACGUCUCGUGA